AUCCUUAUUGGCUGAUCUGCAAAGCAAGGUCCGCCCCUGUGACUUUGUGUUGGUUGAGGGGAGGCCUUCCGGUGACCCACUUCCGUUACUUGCUGGUAGGGCUGUGAGCGUCCGCGGUCGGUGAAGGAUCCCAAGAUGGCUGGGCGAAAACUUGCUCUAAAAGCCAUUGACUGGGUAGCUUUUGCGGAGAUCAUACCCGAAAACCAAAAGGCUAUUGCUAGCUCCCUGAAGUCCUGGCAUGAGACCCUCACCUCUAGGUUGGCUGCUACACCUGAGAAGCCACCAGCUAUUGACUGGGCUUACUACAAGGCCAACGUGGCCAAGGCUGGCUUAGUGGACGACUUUGAGAAGAAGUUUAAUGCCCUGAAGAUUCCUGUGCCGGAAGACAAAUAUACUGCCCUGGUGGAUGCUGAAGAGGAAGAAGAUGUGAAGAAUUGUGCUGAGUUUUUGGCUGCCUCAAAGACCCAGAUCGAGGAAUACGAGAAGGAGCUGGAGAGAUUGAGGAACGUUAUUCCAUUUGAGCUGAUGACCGUUGAGGACUUGAACGAAGCCUUUCCUGAAACCAAAUUAGACACGACCAAGUAUCCCUAUUGGCCUCAUCAGCCAAUUGAAAAUAUUUAAAUUGAGUCUGAGAGGAAGCUUUGGCACUUGUGUAACAAACUCUGAACUUUAAAAAUAAAAGUAAUUCUGUGGU